AUGACGAUCAGUUUUGGAAGAGCUGCUAUUGCUCUAUCCAAUGUCGUUCUUGUCUUAGCACUGUUGAUAUUUGCAAAAGGGUUCUUCCCGCACAAGGCAUUCCUGCCCGGUCUGGCGACAUGGCCUCAGGAAGUCGAGGCCUUGCCCAGGUCAGCCCCGUUUGAUCGGGUUGUCUUCAUGGUGGUAGACGCCCUACGCAGUGACUUUGUCUAUAGCAAUGCUUCCCACUUUGCUUUUACCCAGAGUCUGAUCAGAUCCGGAGCAGCUGUGCCAUUCACCGGCUAUGCAAGCCCACCAACGAUCACGAUGCCGAGGGUCAAGGCCAUCACAACGGGGUCUGUUCCGAGCUUCGUGGAUCUCGUCCUCAAUUUCGCUGAGUCAGACACAACGUCCACAUUGAAAGAACAAGAUUCGUGGCUGGCGCAGUUGAGAGCAAAAGGGAGCAGGCUGGUCAUGUAUGGCGAUGAUACAUGGUUGCGAUUGUUCCCCGAUUUCUUCCACCGAGCAGACGGCACCACCAGCUUCUUCGUCUCCGACUUUACCGAAGUUGACAACAACGUCACGAGGCAUAUCCCCAUGGAAUUGGAACAGGAUGACUGGUCUGCAAUGACCAUGCAUUUCCUUGGCCUUGACCACAUUGGACACAAGACUGGCCCCAGGGGACCGAACAUGCCGGCGAAGCAAGCAGAAAUGGAUGGCAUCGUCAGACAGAUCUACACCGCCAUGGAGAACCACGACCAUCUCAAGUCAUGUCUGCUAGUAUUGCUUGGUGACCAUGGGAUGAACGAGGGAGGCAACCAUGGCGCAUCGUCUCCUGGAGAAGUGUCCACUGCACUCACGUUCAUCUCGCCAAAGUUCAAGUCUGCCUUUGAAGGGCAACCGAGUCCCAUCAACGAUGCAGUCGACUACAGAUACUACGACAUCGUCCAACAGUCAGACAUUGUACCGACGCUAGCCGCGCUGUUGGGAUUUCCUGUCCCGCAGAACAACCUCGGCGUUCUGAUUCCGCGCUUAUUAGAGCUUUGGACAAUUCAGCAGGAUCAGUACAAUUUACUAUUCGAAAAUGCAGAGCAGAUAUCUCGCAUAGCACGAGCAACCUUCCCAGGAACUUUUACGAACGAGGUACUCUCCAAGGAAUGUGCAACAACGGCAGGAGAUGAUGUCGAUGUUCUUGCUUGCCUCUGGAAGCAAGUGCUAGAUGACCACGAGGCAGGCACUUCAUCUCACUCAAGCAACCAUAUCGAGCAGCUGAUCUCGUUCCUCUACAAAGCUCAAACGCUACUCAGCGGCACCGCCAGCAAGUAUGACCUAGGCAGCAUGCAAAUUGGUAUCGGCCUCAGUGUCCUUGCACUUGCCCUAUGUCUGCCUAACUUUGUGCAAGGAGUACAGAGAUGCGGUGUUGAAGGUUUCAUACUGUGCUUCAUAAUGCUCAUCUAUGCAUUUACUAUGUUUGCCAGCAGCUAUGUGGAAGAAGAACAUCAGUUCUGGUACUGGAUUCUCGGCGCAUGGUUGAUAGUCUUGUACUGCAAAGACAGCCGAUAUACAUUUCACGGCGAAAGCACCAUGGCCGGGCCAAUGUCUACAGCUCUUGUAUAUGUGUUGUUCGGCGUCAUUCGCAGGUGGAGACAGACAGGCCAGAAGUACGCUGGCGACCCAGAUCUUCUUAGCGACGUUGUCACGCCCAACCCCUGGAUUCUUUGGGUUCUCGUCGUCAUCACGUACGCCGUGCCGUCGAGAAACCUCAGUCGAAAGGCGGCAGUGUGGAUGGGCGCAAAGCAGAUGGGCCUCCUGCCAGUCUUGGUGACCUUGUCUGCGUUUUUCUUCAAGAUCGCAUUCACGGCCGCCGACGCGCCCGAGCUCCUGCAGACAUUCCCAAUCUUCAAACCGCUCGUGUCAUUCGUUUCGCACUAUCCGCUGGUUAGUCUGGCUAAAAUUGUGUUCCUAGGACUGGCUCAGAUACUCGCCUGUGCAGUCUACUACGAAGCGCCAUGGAAGAGCACUCAACAUCUACAGUCCCUCCUAACCGCAUUCCAGGAUGUGCUGUCAGUCUUUCUCAUCACGCAGUCCCGCACUGUGUACAUCCCGGUUUUCCUAUUCUUCAAUCUUCAGUUGUCUUUAUUGCGCCGCGGACGAAGAUACUCGAUUGGUGAAAUCACCAUCUUAGGUCUGCUGUUUCAAUAUGCGACGUUCUUCGCCAUGGGCGGCACCAAUUCAAUUGCGACGGUUGAUCUCUCCAAUGCUUACAAUGGCGUCAGCGGAUACAACAUCGUCGCUGUGGGUGUUUUGACAUUUGUGAGUAAUUGGGCUGCUCCCGUUUGGUGGGCUUUUGCAGUCUGCCAGUUGAUCAGCAUCGGCGACCUCAACAACGGAGGUUACUCCUUUCUCCUGACGACGCUUGCCACUUUCGCCGGCGUUCAUGCACUUGCCGUCAUGGUCGCCUGCACAUUUCUGCGCGAACAUCUUUUCAUCUGGACGGUCUUCUCUCCCAAGUACCUCUACACUGCCGCUUGGGUCGUGUGCCAGCAUACCAUCAUCAAUAGCUUGGGCGUUGGGACUCUGCUGUGGCAGAUUGGUACAUGA